UAUAGUAUGAUAAAGGGAAAAACGUUUGAAGAUUGAACCCUGUUGAACAAUAUUGACGUUUUUUGCGUUUUGUUAAUCCCAGCUGCUAAAUCUUAUUUUCGAUGCAAUAUCGCAGUUUAUCAAACCUUUCCUGAAUUGUUUCUGCAACGUACAACGAGCUUCUAUUAAAGAUAAGGAAAUUCUACAAAUACAUCUGCAAUUCACUGUAAUUCUGCAAAUGCAUUUUUAACAAUACUUAUAAAAAAUGUCCAAAGUGAAAGAUAAAGGAGGUAAAAAGAAUCAAGAUCAAAGUAUAAUUCUUGAUGGUAUCGACAUCAGCGCUAUGGACCAAGAAAAGCUAUUGCGGUACCUUGUUAAGGAAGUGCAACAACUAUAUGAUGCCAAAAAGCAAAAUCGUUUCGAAGAAGAAGAACGUAAUCUUGUGCUUCGCCAGCUUGAAUUGGCUCGAUCCAAGUUGGACGAGUACGAACAGAAAUCUUUAGCCCAGAUAAAAAAUAUGGAAGACCUAACGGCUGAACACAAUGGAGAUGUGCUGGUUUUCCGCCAAAGAGUUCAUUACCUACGAUAUCUUCUGGACCGUGAGCUGAAAGAGAACAAAGAGCAGCAAGAUCUGCUAACGAAACAGAGCUAUGAAAGCCAUAUGGAGAUUUUGCAUGACAUCGCCAAACAACGAGCGGAUUUCAAAAUCAAGCACUCUGAGGAAAAAAAAGCGUACGAACAAAACACGAAAGAAUGCACGACGAAAGCCGCGAAACGGUAUAAAGCCGCUGUCGAAAACUACUCGGCCGCAUUUGAGGAUCGGAUGGCAGAUUUAAAUUCUGAACGGCAAGAAAUGCAGGAAAACACCGCGGUGGAAAUUCAGUCAUGUCAGCGCUAUAUUGAUCAGAAGCGUCAAGAGAACACUGUCCAUCUGCAGUUAAACUUUGAGCGCAACUAUCGAGACGCAAAAGAAUAUUUUCAGGAAUUGACCUUUCAUAACUUGGCGCUGAUAGACGAUCUCCGUGGUCAAGCUGUCCAACUGAAAGACCAUUUCAGCGGUCUGUGCUCAAGAUUCUAUGAAGUGCAGAAAGCCACGGCGACCAGAAAAGAACCGGUACGAUUGCAAACCCAGCACCUAGAAAACGUUCAGAAACAAGUGCAGCUUUUGAGAAAAGACAAAUUGGCCCUAACGCGCACGAAAGCCGGAAUACGGGAUUUUCAAGCCGAACGCGCGAAACUAAUUUCGGAAAUUCAGGAAUGCAGUGAGCAAUACGAAAAGAUUCAAGCCGAUAUGAAACUGCUCAGUGAUAACUAUUUCAGCGGAAUUGCCGAAGCCAAACACAAAAUCGGCUGCACGGCUAACGAAGCACGCAGCCAAGCUGCGCAGCUCCAAGCAAAGGUCACGGCCAUCAAAAGUGCUUUGCGGGAAGCCGUUUUGAAUAACGCGGACUGUGAUUCGGCGGAGGAAAGUUUAAAACAGCUGGAACAAUUUGAGACGGAGUACGCACAGAAUCUUGCCAAACAGAAAGACAUGGAAGCUACCGUGCACAAGAUGGCCAAGGUUUUCAAUGAUUCACUCUUAUCACUGCGAUACAUCAUGGAGAAUUACAAUCUGGAUAUCGAUCCAGCUGAUCUGGAGCUCCAACCGCAGAUGCCGGGGAUUUCGACAACGCACACCGAAAUUGGACGUAUUGGUCAAGCUAUGGAUAUUUUGCAGACAGUUUGAUUUAAUUACAUACAGCUCGGAAUUAUGGAAUAGCGUUGUUCUGCAAUUAAAUAUGCUACAAUGUUCCGCCGCUCCAGACAGCUGCAAUUAAGAGCGAAUAUCGUGGUUGACAAACAACUGCGCGCUUGAUGCUUACGUUAGAAGUUUGCAUGUUGUGUUUUAAAAAUUUGAAAUUUCUUGACUUCUGGCAAUGAGCUAAGUAGGAGCCUGGCCGGGUCACUACCAAUACCACUUAUAUUACUACAGAAGCUACGUAUACAGUGUGUAUCGCAUUUCGACAAC